GUAUAAGGAGGAUAGGGAUGUACUGGAACAAAAAUAUUCAGCUGGUGCUCUAGCACAAAAGUUUAUGCUUGAAGAAAAGGAGGCUCUAGCUCAAGAGCUCGAAAAUCAGGUCAGGGCACUGCAGACUCAGUUAGACAACCAGCAACACACCCUGGAGGAAAGACUGAAAAAAGAGGAGGAGGAAAGACGCAAGAUCAGUCAAGAGAAGGAGGAAGUCUUGAAAAGAUUAGAGGAAGAGAAAACUAAAUUGGAGAAGAAAAUGCAACAGGAACGAAAACAUUUGCAGGACCAGCUGAAAGUUACAGAAAGUUAUCAAGAACAGCUACAGAAACAGUUUACCCAGAUUGGUACUUGCUGCCCAAGUUCAUUCAUCAUGGGUCCUAAACGUGUAGCUACUACGUCCCAUGGAAAUGACAUUAAGAAGAGGAAGACGAUAUCGCUGGAAACGAAAUAUGAUAUCAUCAAGCGUUCUGAAAGAGGCGAGACAAACACUGAUAUCGGCCGUGCCCUUGGUUUGAGCAGGACUACUGUUCAAACAAUAGUUAAGGGCAAAGAACGGGUCUUAGACCAUGUUAAAGGCGGUGAUUCAAUGAUGACUGUUACAAUGAAAAGUAUAUCUAGGUUAGGAAAGCAACACAACACCAAUAUUGUGGAGAUGGAGAAAUUAUUGACGGUCUGGCUUGAAGAUCAAAUCCAGCGAAAUGAUCCUGUGAGCUAUGGUUUGAUUCAAGAGAAGGCAAUGGAGUUGCAUAGGGCAGUAGUGCUGAAGAGAGGGGAAAGUAGUGGAGUUGAAAUAUUUACAGCCAGCAAAGGCUGGUUUCAUCGCUUUAAGAGACGUGCAAAUUUGCACAACCUUAAGCUGCAGGGUGAGGCUGCUAGUGCAGACCAGGAUGCAACAUCAAGAUUUCCUGCUUGUUUGGCGAAGAUAAUUAAGGAUGGAGGUUAUACCGCUGAUCAAGUUUUCAAUGUAGAUGAAACAGGCUUAUUUUGGAAGCGCAUGCCUCGUCGUACAUACAUUUCCAAGGAGGAGCAGAUAGCACCAGGCCAUAAAUUCAGUAAGGAGAGGCUGACUUUACUUCUUGGUAGUAACGCUAGCGGUGACUUAAAGCUUAAGCCGUUGUUAGUCUACUUGGCUGAAAAUCCAAGGGCACUGAAGGGAAUUUUCAAGCCUCAACUCCCUGUCAUUUGGAAGGCUAACAAGAAAGCCUGGGUCACUGUUGCUGUCUUUGAGGAGUGGUUCAAUGAUCACUUUUUGCCGGUAGUUGAUUUAUUUUUGAAGAAAAAGGGUCUGCCAUUUAAGGUCUUGCUAGUGUUAGACAAUGCCCCGGGUCACCCUGGUCAUUUGGGUGAGAUUUAUCCCAAUGUGCAGGUAGUCUACCUUCCUCCAAACACCACACCACUUUUACAACCAAUGGACCAGGGAGUCAUUGCUAGCUUUAAGGCAUACUACACCAGGAGAACAUUUCGCAAUGUCCUCAAGGCCGUCGAAAAUACAACUAGAAAGUUGGAUGUCAGGGAAGUUUGGAAGAACUACAGUAUAUUGGAUGCUGUGAGGAAUAUUGACUAUGCUUGGAAAGAGGUCAAGCAAUCUAAUUUGAAUGGGGCCUGGCAGAAACUUUGUCCAGAUUUCGUGAUGAACUUUCCUGGCUUUGAGAAGGAAGAUAGUCUCGAUAGUGUGACCAGGAAAAUUGUUAAUUAUAGCAAGAGGCUCAAUUUGGAGGUCGAAGCUGAUGAUGUGACCGAGCUGCUGCAGUCCCAUGGAGAGGAGUUGUCAGCAGAGGAUUUCAUUGAGCUGGAGCAGCAGAUGAUUGAGGAGGAUGAGGCACAACCCCCAGUGCCCCGGUUAUUAAGUGCUACAAGCUUGGCACAUGCUGUGGCCCUUAUUGAGCAAGGGCUGGCAAUAAUUGAGGCACAGGACCCUAGUUUGGAAAGAUCUUCAAGCUUUCAGAGAAAGGUUCAAAAUGCCAUGACCUUUUACAAGGAGACUGUAAAAAAGAAGCAGAUGACAAAAAGCAUCCAAUCCACACUAGAGGUUUACGGCUUUAAGAAAAGGUCUCCAGUACCACCUCUCAUUCUCGAUGGAGAUGUGGUGACCACUUCUGACCCCUCUGAAACUGUUGUACCUGUAUCUCCAGCAGCCUCCCCUGGAUCAAGCUGUGACCCUCAAAAUGAUAACCCAUCACUAAAUGACCCACUAGCCUCUCCACAUCUAUCUGAAUUGCCUGACCUCCUUCCAUGUGUUGACCCACCAGCGUCUCCAACUCUGUCUGAAUUUGGCAGAACGUUACUAAUCGAUGAAGGAUCUUCCGGUGCUGAAUCCUUCGAAGGUUUUCCAAAGUCACCUGUAGCAUCUCCAUUUUCUCCAGCUUCAGAUACAGUGGUGCCAUUGUCAAACCCCAACUCUUCAGCCUUUUCACCUUAUCAGUGUCCAUUAGACUUCCAACCGGAGGCAGAUUCUAGUUCUUAGCCUCUCUCUCCAUCCACAUACUACGUACUAUAGUACCAGGGGGCAGCUCGUGUACGUAUAGGCACUGUGGAUCUGCAGCAACCCAGUUUUCACUCAAAAUUUAUUAAUGUAUACUUACAGUACUAUACUGUAACAUUUAGUGUACAUAACUAUGUACAUGUACAUAAUAUUUGAUACAUAUGAUAAGUCAUUCAUAAUGUCAUUGGUCAUUGUCAUUCAUCUCAUUUGUGAAGUAAUAAAUAUGCUUGUAUGAAACUCUGUAGUAUGUACUUUAUAGUCCCAGUGAUGCAGUGAUUUCUAUUAAGAAAAAUUCCCUCACCAGUCUUCCAGAAAUCAAGGAGAAAGCUCCAUAUUAACCUUUUCAUCCAAAAUAAAACAAGAGGGGUGGAUUCAGUUAUUAAAUGAAUGGAUCAAGCUGGACUGGAACAAUAUGGAAUGUAGGUACUACAAGGAUUACACUUUACAUAACACCCAAAGGAUUAAAGGUAGGCUUUCUUCCCUUUACAGCAUUUACUAUAGUACUAUAAUGUACUGUACAGUGCUACUGUACUGUAAAUGCUAUAGUACUACUACAGAAAUAAAAUUUUACUUAUUGCGCGAUUGCGGGAUUACGGCGCCGUUGACUGGUCUAAGG